AUGGCAUCGGCAACAGCAUCAAAAGUGGUACCGGAAGGUGAUUUAAUGGUACUAGCAACAGGUGAAAUGCUGGCGCGUUGUUCACUUCAGAAUGAUGCUACCCAUGCCUCAACUGCAUGUAAGCCGCAAUUAUUUUUACUCACUCGACGAAAUGGCUUGGCCAAUUUAUUCGAGAAUAUCGACGAACAGACAGUCCAGGAACUUGCCGCGCUACAUCCAACAUACUGCAAUCACUGA